AUGAAGUUUACGUUCCUCUCUCUCCACCUUGGGGUGACUCUCAUUUCCUUGGAAAUCAGAGGAUUUGAUGCUGCAAGAAGUGAAUUGAUCUCGUUUUCCGCGCAACUUCGUGGUCGGGUUUUGCAGCAAAGCGUCCAAAUCGUCGGUAACAACGGCAACCCAGGUUCUGCGUUUCCGUUGAUGGCUUGCCAAGGAGAUUGCGAUGUUGACGAUGACUGUGCGGGAACGCUUGAGUGCUUCCAGCGAGAUGGGGGAGAGGCUGUGCCGGGAUGUGGUGGUGGCGAGCUUGAUUCGAGCCGCACCGACUAUUGCUACGAUCCUGCUGGCGGACCUACGCCGGCCACGCCAACCGUUUCCCCUGCUACCCAACCAACUGAUACCCCCGUUACUCAACCGACCGACGGCCCUCCAGUGGCUAUCGUCGGUAACAACGGCAACCCAGGUUCUGCGUUUCCGUUGAUGGCUUGCCAAGGUGACUGCGAUGUAGACGGUGACUGUGCGGGAACGCUUGAGUGCUUCCAGCGAGAUGGGGGAGAGGCUGUGCCGGGAUGUGCGGCGGAGAGCUUGAUUCAAGCCGCACCGACUUCUGCUAUGAUCCCACUGGCGGACCUACGCCGGUCACGCCAACCGCUUCCCCUGCUACCCAACUAACUGAUACCCCUGUUGCCCAACCAACCGUUGCUCAACCAACCGCCGGCCCUCCAGUGACUUUUGUCGGGAACAACGGCGGCCCGAGUUCUGUAUUCCCGUUGAUGGCUUGCCAAGGUGACUGCGAUGUUGACGACGACUGCGAAGGAAUGCUCGAAUGUUUCCAGCGAGAUGGCGGAGAGGCUGUGCCCGGAUGUGGCGGCGGAGAGCUUGAUUCAAGCCGCACCGACUACUGCUAUGAUCCCACUGGCGGACCUACGCCGGUCACGCCAACCGCUUCCCCUGCUACCCAACUAACUGAUACCCCUGUUAUCCAACCAACCGUUGCUCAACCAACCGCCGGCCCUCCAGUGACUUUUGUCGGGAACAACGGCGGCCCGAGUUCUGUAUUCCCGUUGAUGGCUUGCCAAGGCGACUGCGAUGUUGACGACGACUGCGAAGGAAUGCUCGAAUGUUUCCAGCGAGAUGGUGGAGAGGCCGUGCCCGGAUGUGGCGGCGGCGAGCUUGAUUCGAGCCGCACCGACUACUGUUUCGAUCCCGCUGGCGGACCUACGCCAGUUACGCCAACCGCUUCCCCUGUUGCCGAUCUGUCGCCUUCCCCUGCUACCAAUCUGUCGCCUUCCCCUGCUGUCGAUCUGUCGCCUUCUCCUGUUGCCGAUCUGUCGCCUACCCCUGUUGCCGAUCUGUCGCCUACCCCUGUUGCCGAUCCGUCGCCUUCCCCUGUUGCCGA